AAAGAGACUUUGACCGUAACAUUAACACCACCAAGUUAAAAUUUAUAAACACAAAUUCAUUGAUGCUGAAAAUGAUCUUAAAGUCAAAACAAUAAACUUCUAAAACUUAAAAGAAAAAAAUUCGGGAAAUGUGUAUUACAGUGAAGCCGCUUCAGUGAUCAAGGUGAACUUAAAAUCACAAAUCGAACUAUUUCAGCUUUAAUUUAGACCGGAUUGCUUUUAUAACGCACAUCAUGAUGCAUGGGGUUAACCCAGUCUCUUCUCUGGACAUCUUAGGUUUAAUUGUUUGAACGGAAUCAAUAUAAAGAAACUAAGAAUCCCUGGACGAGAUUCACAUCAAACCUGUCCUCCUAACUCCAACUUUAUUACAGCCGAAUGUUAAUCGAGAAUUUACAAUAUUAUACCAAUUAAAACGCCUUUUAAUCUGUUCUAUAAUAGAUUGUCGAAGUGUGUCAACAAAUUUUCUGGACCAACAGAAGAAAUAUUAGAUUAAGGCAUAUUAAACAAAAGUCAAUUGAAGUAAUACUGGUAACAAAAAUAAUAUGUCUGCCUGGAAGUGUCAGGAACUCCGUAAAUAAUUACCGUGAUUUUACUCAAAAACUAUAAGAUAACUAAGAUUUUAAAAAACAACAAAUAACGGAGUGUCCCUUAACUCCUACGAUGAAGAGCUUCUAAAAGCAAAUACGAGCUAUGGCAUCAAAAGAGGUCUAUUGUUUCACUGUUUAAUUAAAUAUUUUUGGCGUGUGUCAUUUGUGUUAAGUUGUUUGAGUAUUGUGAAAGUUUUUUUUAAAAGCACAAGUUAAAACGUUUUGUAUAUUUCUGUUAAAUAGUUUUAAAAAUAUUUCCAGUACAGAUCUUACGACGUUAAAUAUCAAUUAAAUUUAACCGUUCGCGUUAUACUUGGUUUGGAAAAGUAAAUUCAUUGUUAUACAGAACAGAAAGCCAUAUAUUGCAUUUGCUUUAAAUAAAGGCUGUCUGAUAAUAAGUGUAGUGAAAAAUAAUAACACCGAACAAUUUCGGUCUGGAAAAUACUCGAUUGAUUGUGCUAAUUUUUUGCAAGUUUCUGUAAUAAAAUGGCUUUAUCAAAAGUUGAGCUUGCUGCGUUGUUGGAAUGCAAGAUUUGUUUAGACACCUAUCAUGAGCCUAAACAACUGAACUGCGGGCACACUUAUUGUCAAGGUUGUCUAGAUGGUAUUUUAGUAUUUAUGGAAGAUGGGAGUGCUGAACUGCCUUGUCCAGUGAGGUGUACUAAAAAGACAAUAAUUACUCAGGAACAAACAACAUCCUCGUUAGUGAAGGUGUUCACAUUAACUGGCAUUUUGGAAAAAGUCUCCCCUGGUGAAAAAGUUAAUUCUUUAUGUCAGCAAAGUAAAGACUGCAACCAGAUGAUCAACUAUUCCUGUACAAAAUGCAGUUUAAAGAUCUGUAAAAAAUGUCAAAACCUUCAUUCUUGUUCCAACAAAUCAUAUAUCAAUGUCAUUUUCAAUCAAAAACUGCAAGAACUCCAACCAUUUUGUAAGCAACACGACUCGCUUGCAAAAUUUGUCUGUAUUGAUUGUGAAAAUUUGUUAACAUGUGUUUAUUGCACACACAGACAACACAAGAAUCACAGAAUAAAAACGAUUGAUGAUUUUGGUCUUGAAGCUAAAAAGUGGUUUCAGUCGUUUAUCAACUCAUUCGAUGAAACAAAAGUGGUGUUGAAAAAUUUAACAAGAAAAUACAGUGACGCUCUAACAAAUUUAGAGAAAGAAAGAGAAGUAUUUGUUCAAAAAUUAAAAGAAAGAAAGUUAAAGCGACUAGAAGAAUAUCUCAAAAUGUUAAAUAAAGAAGAAGAAGAUCUAUUGCGGAUAUUCGAUGAGAAAUUGGAAGAAUUUAAAGCAAAAUUGACUAAUGAUGGUUUUGUCGACAAUAAGAAAGUACAAGAAUUUACAGAUUACGUUCAAACUUUUAAUUUAAAAUCUCAUUUUGAGUUAGUUACUGAAAAGUUGGAAAUUGAACAACAACUUCGCAGGCUAUCCUCGUUUCCAAGAACUAUCCCAACAUUCAAUUCACAUCUUCAUCAAAUGAACAAAGCGGAUAUUUCGUCAAAUCCGUUGGGCGAAAUGAAAAUUUCAAUUGAUGAAAUCACCACUGCUGGUGUAGAUCCCAAUGAAUGUUCUGUUUAUAGAAACUUGAUUGAUGAAGAUGAAACCCAACCCAACUAUUCCCAAUUAACAACUGAUUUAAUGAAUUUAGUUGAAAGUCUGAAAAAGUACGAGAAACCAAAUGUAAAUCCUCGUUAUGGAAAACAACAGCAGAAUGAUGUAAAGCCAAAAAGUUUCCAGCUUGCUAAAAAGCGUUACUCUUUUGAAGAACUUGAAACAAUCAUUGCAAAUGGUGAUGUCAAGACAUUUCAAACAAUUCUUAUCGAUCAUCCAAAUAUCUUUAAAAUGAGAGGUAAUGAUGGAAAAACACUGUUGAUUAUAGCAGCAUGUUACAAUAAACCAUCAAUAGUGAAAUGUUUGAUUGAUGCUGGUAGCGAUGUGUAUGCCGUGAAUGAAGAUAAAUGGAAUGCAUAUCACUACAGUGCAUUUUAUGGUGAUCAUGAUGUUUUGAAAGUUUUAAUUAAUCAUGACAUCACAAACAUUAACAACGUAAACAAUUACAAUGACACACCAUUACAUCUUGCAUCUUUUCAUGAUCAUAUUGAUUGUGUGAAGUUGUUGUUGUCUAUACCACACAUCGAUGUAAAUAUACGAAACAAACAGAACCAAACUGCUUAUGAUGUUACUCGGGAUAACACUAUCAAACGUUUAUUACAAGAACAUUAGAGAAAUUAAGAACAUUUUUAGACAAUUAUAUUUUUUAAUUUACCUAAGCAAAUUAUUAAAGGCAUAUAUCGUCUUUUUUUAUUAGAAUUAUAGGUUAUAGUAGAA